AUGGGACGUUCCCUGGCUCUACGACCUUUUCUUUGCCUUCACUUCCUGCUGUCCUUUGGCUUCGCUCUGGAUUUUGUCAACGUCCUGGACUUUAAGUACGGCAUCGGCAUCUACCAGACGAUCUUCAGGGUUCUUGGCGACCAUCAUUCUCGCGACUGUGGGCUCCUACGAGCUAUUGUGAAAGCAAUGCAAUCUCAAAAUGCGCCCUGGCGUUGCCUGCAGUGCCAGCAGCUGCGCAAACACAGUGCUUCUCACUGCCAGACUUGUCACUUGCCCUGGCAGACGGCGAUGGAUCGCACCUACAUCCAUGGUAUCAAGCAGUCGGCGGCAUCUUCACAGGCGUAUCAACAGCAGUGGAACUAUCAUGGAGGACAUCAAUACUACCAGGGGGAGCAAUCACCUCGCAGUCAGAAGUCCCCACGAAGAUACCAGAGCCCAAAGAAGAAAACACCCAGAGGAGGCAAAGGAAAGGACAGUGCUGGGUUUGGUCCUCCUAUGCAGUACCAACCUUAUCAGCAUUUGCAGCCUCAGGGCUAUCCUGCUAUGCCACCAUUGCCCCCUCCGAGUGGACCACCACCUUGGGCGCAUCCUGGUGCUCCUACGAUGAUGCCUAUGAUGAACAUGAUGCCCAUGCAGAAUACUCAAGCACCGCCACCGCAACCAUGCAAUCCUGUGCCAGUUUUUGCCCCUUUGGCAGUUCCGGCCCCAUCUGUGCCGACAGGGAUGCAGGAGCAGGUGCCCAACGAAUUGCUCAACUAUCUGCAAAAACGUUCAGUGGACCUUCCACUGGAUGUUCAGCAGAAAGUUCAAUCCGAGUCAAGGAAACAAGGGAAGAGAGCCAUCAAGGAUCUUCAAGUCGCAGCAAAGUCUCUGGGAGAGGCUCGUACUGCUUACGAGGAGGCUUUGUUGGCUCGCACCCAACAUAUCAGUUCAUGGAAAUCUUUCUUGGCGGAGGCCGUGAAAAAUUGGACAGACUACGCCAAGAUGUUCGAGCAGAACGAGCAGGCGUUGCAAAUGAGGAUUUCAUCAGCCAGAGAGCAAUUUCAAGAAGCCAAGGAAUGUCUGGAUGCCUCCAAGACGGCCGCUGGACAAGUCACGGAGAUCAGCGACGAGGAGGAGCUCCCUGGCGAUUCAGAAACUUCGGCCAUGCAGAUCACGGAGAGCAUUCAGACACUUUCCAAUUCCUUGCUGAAGCUCUCCAAAGAUGCCGAAUCCAUCCAAGUGGAGGGCGGACUGUCUAUGACCUUAUGGUAUAGCAGUCGGAAGCCGGAUGUUUUUGAUGUCCCAGCUAUCGCCGCGCUGAAGUGGAGCCACAGUUUCAUUUGUGAGCCAGACUUCUGCUGUGAAUUUGGUGCCAGAGAAGCAGCUCAGAAACUCGCCCUUGAGGUCGCACUUGAUGGCUGUCAUCAUGUACUCCCAGAUCAACGUUCCUCUUCGUAUCCUCGAACCAGCACGCGUCCAAAUCUUCAUGUGGGUUUUGCGGAUGUGACGCAUUUGCGGUUGAGCUUCGAAGAUGACUGGAAGUUUCAUGAAUUUUGUUUGCCGUCAAGAUAUUUUUCAUCUGGAAUCACUCCGUGGAGCGGUUGUCCAAAGAUUGCUGAAAUGAAACAAAGCCGCUUUCAAGUAUGCCCUUGGCAUGAUGGAGGUCUCGCACGAAGUGGUGAGCCUACAUAUCCCAUUGUGGCUUCAUGCAGCGGUCGUCCUCCUGAUGAAUCGCAAUUUUGCCCUUUGUCAAUGGAUUUUACAAGUAUUGCCAAUGUCGCUGUCGCAGAUCCCAGAGUCAUGCCGGGAGUAUCUUCUGGCGACUUCUCUGGACGUAUCGCCAGCACGGAAGGGCAGACAACAGUUCUCCCUAAUGGAGAUGGCAGCACUAUGCUACAACUCUCCAUCCAGCGCUUUGUUGAAGUGUGUUCAAGUUGGCAUGAACAUUGGCAACCACAACAACUGAAAGUCUCCCCGGAGCAAGUUGUACAUCCUUCACUGCGAAGUGAAAGAUUUGGAAAUCCUCAAGGUUUACCACCUCCACGACCCCUCAGUCGUUUUCAUGGGCGAGACUUUGACACGCUUGCCAACUACUUUGCCUCUGGCUCCAUGAUCGAAUGUGAGGAGGAAGGCCCUAUUGCCUACGUGGAGACUUGGUACAUUCACCACCUUCAAUGGCCACAAUGCAGAGAACCAAGGGCUGUCAAACUUUUCCAAGAUCCUGCAACGUGGCUUGAAGAUCUUCUUGAACCUUGGCGUGAUCUCAUUGACCCCAGCAUUGACAUCACGAUUUUUCUGGUGAGACCUUCUCCUCCGUGUCCUUGGACUCAAUGCAUUUUGGCACAUCUCAUCAUUGAACAGGCGCCAAGACCAGACCAGGUUGUCGGACUCAUCUCUGUGUACGAUGCGAACUUCAGAGGAGCCACUAUUGAUCAUUCUGCUUUCUCAUUGCCUUCGCUCAUGUCUGCACAAGCGGUCAUCAGAACGGCUGAUCUCCAAGAAACCUGCAGAUCCAGAAGCUGCGCAGUGAGAAGAGGUGAAAUUCCCUUUGGCCUUUUCGAUGUCGAUCAUGUCGACCCUGGCAUGAGUUUGGUCGUUUUUGUGAGGGACAAUGGCCUCUUUGCUACGUCUAGCGCAGCCGCGAAUGAUGACAUUGUCUUGAUGCAAAGACCACUUACACCAGUUCCUGAAGGACCACAAGCAGAUGCUGCAGAUGAUGACCAGGGUCCCAUCUUCAACUUCAAUCCCAAUGCUGCGCCUUUUUGUGCACCCAUUCUUUUUCAUCUGGUCUUGCCAGUUCCUCCCAACACCGGACCGGAAGUAGCAGCACAUGUCUUAUUGGUGCAAAAUCCUCAGGACACCUUCUCCUCCAGUGUGGUAACAGUCUUCGAGGAGUUACCACAACUUCCAUCCUUUGUUGACAUUGAGGAACCUGCCACAGCUAAUGGCGUACAACAGGAACUGAAGACCUUCGGCAUCUCUUGUGAAGUUCUUCUGCUCUCCAGCGGACAUGUGGCCCUAUGUCUGCCCACAGAGACACACCAGAAUCCGAAUCUGAGGCACUUUGCCUACCUCCCCCAGUGCGAUCCUUGGACUGUGCAUCUUCAUUCCAUGCCUGUGGACUCGGUUUCGGAGAUUGACCAUAUGCGGCAUCUCUACAAACUGGGCUUUGAAAAGGCUGUACUCCUUCAUGAAAGACAUGGUGAUUAUGACAUCACAGAGAUUCUUUUCAAGGAAAGCUUUGGCGAGCUGCCUACUUCACCUGGGAAGCAGAAGACACUCCCACCUUGGCCACAGCAACAAGCCGUGCGGAAGUUGGACAAGAUGUAUCAUCCUUCACGGGCAGAACUGUCAGCAGACUGCACCCUGAACUGUGGCAUCACGACCGAUGACCUGCAAGCCUUCUUUACCUCAACAAAAGGAUCACUUUGUACAUCCUUUGAGAACCUGGACAUGCCUGAGAUUUGCUCCCAGCACUUUGCGACGCUUUCGCAUCACUCGCACUUUGACCGUUUGGUCAUCUAUGCUGAUGGAUCAUCUCAAGCAAGAAGCCGCCACAUUGCACCCCAACUCAACGAGGAAGUUGGAAUCCCAGAUGCCUGGUGCUUCCUGGUGCUAGGUGAAACGUACACCUCCUGCAAUACAUCGGAGCUUUCGCUGAUUGGCUGGUCCAGCCAUCAGGUCCGUUGCGACACAGACCAGGAUUGGUAUGUUGGUGCAGACAGAAUCGGAUCUGCGAUCACUGAACGGGAAGCACUUACAUGGGCCAUGAUCUGGCGCAUAGGACAAAACUCCAAUAUUCCUACCUUGUUCCGCAGCGACUCACUGCUGGCACUCCAACAGGCCAAAGGCGACAUUGGAUCAAUUUGCUGUGACAUGUCCUUCCAAACCCUCCGAGGCUGUGCACAACUGCUUGAAGCGGCACUAGCACCUGGUGACUUCAUCUUGGACCAUGUGCCUGGCCAUGCUGGAGACCCGUUUAAUGAGUUUUGCGAUUGGGGAGCCAAGUAUGAAGGCCGUCAAGGAUUCUACUUGCAAAGGCCAAAGUUUUGCUUGACCACAUGGAGACCACUUAUUCCGUACCUUUGGAUGCUUUUUGACCAGAAGGCAGGCAUCCCUCCAUUCAAAGGCACAGGCUUUGCGGUAGAUCCACCGGCUCUGCCUCCAGAAGCGCCCCCAGCUCCUAAACAGCAGCCCAGCUUCAAAACCUCAGUGAUUGACUUCACCAUUAGCAUUGCCACAGGGAACGUUCUCUCAUUGGGACAAGGGCCUGCAGGCUUCAAGGGCAAGCUGGACUAUCUACGCUCACAAUUCAAGGACUUGCACCUGAAUUUUCUGGGAGUCCAAGAAACUCGAGCAGAAGCAGGUUCUUCUCUGCGUAAUGGUAUUCUUCGACUCUCUUCUGGUGCUGACAAAGGACAUGGGGGCGUGGAACUUUGGUGCAAUUUAGCCCAACCCAUUGCGCUUUGCAACGGCAAGAGUAUUUGCCUGGCAAGGAGCCACUUCACAGUUGUUUGCCACGACUCCAGACGGCUCCUUGUCAGGGUAUUGCAUGAACAUUUCGAAGCUUGGUUCCUGGUGGGCUAUGCCCCCCAUAGCGGCUAUAGCCGUCAGGAGAGAGAACAAUGGUGGAAAGCCACCCAAGACUUGGUUUUGGACUUUGUGGAUGGACAAACCCCACUCUUUGUCUGCAUUGACGCCAACGCGGGUCCUGGAGAAGAGUUCACCAUUGACUAUGUCCUCAUUCCUGUACACUGGAUAGAGCAUUGCUCCAGCUCUCGCAUCCUUGAAGAUUUUGAUCUUGGGAACAAGGUGAUUGACCAUGCGGUUCAUGCAGUCGAAUUGCAGUGGCAGCAAACUCGCACAGUUUCAAAGUCGACAGGUGCUUCCUUGACAGGAUUCGACCGGAAUCGCAUCCAGCAAACUCUGCCUUCAGUUCUUGAGCCUUUUGAUGUGGCACCGUGGACGGCUGAUGUGGAACAGCACCUGCACGUGAUCAACGACCAACUCCAUUCACAGCUGAGGCGUCACUGCCCAAGACCAAGGACAGGACCUCAAAGACCGUACAUCGAUGAAGAGAUUUGGAGGCAGAGACAGCUGAAAUUGGAACACAAAGCUCAAUUGAAGCAUGUACACCACCUACUCCGCAGAGAGACCAUUGCACGCAUAUUUGCGGCUUGGAGAGCUCCUGGCAGUUGGCACUCAUCACAGUCCUACAACUUCGGGACCACAUUGCGAAUUGGUAUCCUGAAGCAUGGACUCGGCUUCAGACGCCAGGCGGCCAAGUUGAAGGAGCAGAUUCACAAGAGCAAGAAUGCCUCUCUUCAAGAAGUCAUCAGCCAUUUCUCCCAUACCACGGCAGCCUCUGAAAUUCAGCAGAAGUUGAAACCCUUCAUGGGGUCCAGCAACAGACUGAAACAAGGUAUGGCUCCACUGCCGCUGAUCAGGGAUGCACAUGGGCGACCUUGCGUCUCCCACACUGCUGCCUUGCAAAGAUGGGUUGAAUUUUUCAGCGAAAUGGAAGGGCAGGAGGAUCGUGUACGCACCAGGCACGGCUCAAGGCCGGGCGAUUCUUUUGCUGAUGUGGUCUUUGGAUAUUUAAUGUCUCGAGUGCUGAAGACUUUUGCAGCCACGGUGGAAACCACCAAUAUCCUGUCCAAGUUCCCAGAUGAACCCAGCAUUGACCUUCAUUCACGUGGAUUUGCAGACCAAGAUUCACCACCAAUGACGCUACUGGGGCCCUGUUGGAUGGAUGACUUGGCGAUUCCACUUACGGCUACCAACAAUGAAGAGCUUCUCCAAAAUCUACGAGUUGCCACCAGCUCUAUCCUGGACACUCUUCGUGCGCAUGCCAUGACUCCUAACCUAGGAAAGGGCAAGACGGAGAUCCUUUUCAAGCCUCGCGGCAGUGGCGCGCACAAAUGGCGCAAGCAACUCUUCGGACCUCUCGCUCCUGGAUAUGUCACUGCAUUGGGAGAAUAUGAUAUCUACAAGGUGAACCUCGUGAACUCCUACUUGCAUCUGGGGGGCUUCACACAUUAUUCAGGGGACCUUCGUAGAGAGAUCAAACGCAGAAUCUCCAUUGCACAUCAGAGCUACAACAAGCAUCGCAAACUCAUUUUCCAGAAUGGAGCACUUGCGAUGGACAGCAGAGUUGAAAUCUUCUCAAGUCUGAUUUUGAGUCGCCUGAUGUAUGGUGCUGAAACCUGGACGAUCCAGGACAUGCGAACCAAAGAGUACUUGCACAGUGCGAUCAUCAAGCUCUACAAGCGUUUGUUAAGAUGUUCUGCAGACGAUCACAUCAUGGAUGAGGAGGUCCUGCACCGAUUGGCGAUGCCAUCUCCUGUGACCUUACUGAGGGUCAAGAGAUUGAGAUAUUUGAGCUCCCUAUUGAAUAGUGGAGCUUCAGCGCAUUGGGGACUUCUCAAUCAAGACCAGACUUGGUUGGAUCUCAUUCGAGAUGAUCUUCAAUGGAUGGGUGACCACCUAGCCAAUUCGUGCAACCUUGGAAAUCCGUUUGAACACACCGACAGGUGGCUUGAGAUCAUGCGAUUUCACAGAGGUUAUUGGAAACGCCUCAUCCGCAGAGCAAAAGAACAUUCCAUCCUGCUCAACUCGAGGAAUUUCCUUUGUGUUGCAGCCCACCUUAGAGUGCGCACCAUGCUGAAGGAACAACAGUGUUGGCGCACACCAAGUACUUGCACUUCCAGAUCCUCCACACCAACACCUUACUUCGGGUGUAUGCUCUGUGGACUGCGCUGCAAGACGUUGGCAGGUGAAGGCGCGCAUAUGAACAGAACCCAUGGAAGAGUUCACCCAGUUCGCACCCUUAUUGAUGGGACACAAUGUGGAGCUUGCCUGAAGGAAUACUUCACAUGCAGCAAGUUGAAGCAGCACCUCAUUCGAUCAGAUUCCUGUCGACAGCAGUUGAUUGGUAGGAAGAUGCGAGUUGUGCCACUACCUGGAGAAGGCUCUACUUCGAAUGCGGCCCUUCAUCAUGCUUGGGACGGGCGGUUGCCCCCACUUCAAGCAGCAGGACCACUCCCUCAAGCAGUCUGCCCUCGUGACUUCGAGCCGGAGAACACAGAUCUCUUUGAAGCAAUUUCUUUGAUGAUCGUGGAGGUUGCGGAGACAGACUUAGACCUUUUUGAGUCGAGAGUGAGGCAUGUGAUUGAGGGAUUCCCGAUCUCUUGGACGGACUGUUGCAGGACGCCGCGUUGCAUUCAGAACCUUCUUCCACAAGCGGAACUGCAUCCCAAUGAGCAGCUCAAAGAGAAGAUCUUUUGGGAUCUUGAGAGGAUUUGCGAGCCCGAGACCUGGCAGUUUUUGCGAGACCCUCAGCGUGCCCCAGACGUUAUUCCGCAGCUCCAUGAGAUUGAGAAGGAGUUUGAGGAGACCAAACUGCACUUCCAGCAGUCUGCGGCACAGGUGGACCCUGACUUUUUGCAGCGUUGCCAUGCGAUGGAUUGUCGCAUUUUUGGCAACUUUAUUGGUUUUCGCAUCCCGGCGCUGCUGAAAGCUGGACAGGCCUUCGCUGGCAAGGCCAAGUUGUCCUACGCCUUGGUUCUGCCGGACUAUGGCUCCAUGAGUCGUCCGGUCAUCAAGCUGAAGAGGCGUGACAAUGCACGGGAUUUUGCUCAGGCGGAGGUCGCAGCGAUGGCCGUCGCGGCAGUGCCGGAACGGCACGGCCGCAGCAUGGGGGGCUCGCAGGUGCCCUUGCUGCUGGCCGCAGCGGCCUUUGCGCGGCUUUGCGAUGCAGAAGAUGGAGAAGAGCUGGUGCUGACGACCGAUGUGGCUGCCGAUGGCAAGUUGGAAGUGUUUCUACCCUGCCAUAGCCUCGCGCUGCACGCGUUGGAAGUGGGCACUGCUCCCUCCAUUUGGAGCUUUCGGGAAGAGCACGCAGAGUCCCUUGGUGCUGUGGGGAAAUGCACUUCACUGGAUGAGAUGUACUUGAAUUGGUGGUGUCAAACACCCCAGCUGCUGCGGUGCAACAACAAAGAGUUGCCAUUGCCUCGUCAGCCCGAGGUGCAGCGGGUCGUGUCGGAGGAACAGGGGGAACAACGGUUCCAUAUGUUCCAUUCUAAAUGUGAGACGUUGGUAUCCGUCAUGGCAUGUCAUGGCCACGGAGUUCGGGUCCAGCAUCCAUCGAAGGCAGAGAUCAGAAGCAGCCUGGAGAAGAGCAGUGCUCAAACAUCUCGUCCCGACGCCGCUGCAGGUUGCCGAGCAGAACAGGAAUCCCUGCAAGCUGCAGAGAUUCGCCGCGGCCAUGAGGCCUGGAUUCGGCAACAACGGAGGGAACCACAGGCGCACUUGGAGGGCGUUUGCUAUUGUGGUUUUCGAUCCAAAGAAGCGAUUUUGCACCACUUCCGCACGAGUCGCCGGGAGCUGCGCUGGGCGGAUCCGCCCAAGCGGCUCUUCGCAGGGGUGCAGCCAGAUGAAACUGGUUUUCAUCAGAUCUUCCCCUAUCGCACUCAGGAUGAUAUCAUCGCCAGCGCCGAACGUGCUGCGAUGCAUCCUGAGGUGGUGGUAUCCCAUCACCUGACCGCAGCAGCACGGCUGUUGGACCCCUGCCCGGAAAUGGCCAAAGACAUGGGGCUCAGUUCAGCCAGCCUCUUCACUUUUCGUCACUAUGAUCAGAUCUCCGGCCGCGUGCUGCCUCAUCUGCGGCACCUGGCAAGCUUUCUGGUGGAAGGCGCUCGUGCCAUCCACUCGGUGAAGGGAGACGACUUGGUUCAAGUGGCCAAGAUGGCGAUCAAAAUGACCGCCUUGGAGUUCAUGGUGAACUGUUGGAUUCGUCCGCGAAAAGCCAACUCCGCGCCUUGUACGGUCCAAGAACUGUGGGAGGCACUGAAAGCCCGCGGAGGGGAUGUGGCGACGGCUUUUCUUUAUGUGGCCCUGCAGCAGGCCAAUCGAGAUUCCAUGGCAACACUUCGCAAGCAGCUACGACAUAGAAAUCCCAGCCUUUGGGCUUCCUAUGACGAGCUGCUCCCGGCCUUGCAUGGCCAGAGCUUGGAGACUCUGGCGCAUCAGUUCCAGAGCCGAGCUGAUAUCCAAGCACUGCAGGAUCUGGUUUAUCAACGAGGCGGUCGCUGCCGGCGCAUGUCGCUGGCCGCGGCGCUGGCGGAGCGGCCUUCCUUGGUCCAAGCGGCGCAGCAGCGCCAGGCGGCGCUGGUGGCGGCGGCGAAGGAGGCCCGGGCUACGGAGGAGAAGGCCAACAAAGGCUGGGCCACUUCGAUGCGAAACCUGAAGCGGGCCUUGAUCAACAACGAUCUCUCGCAACAGCUGGACGAGAGCAAGGCCACCAAAGAGUUGGCCGCUUUGGCAAAAAAAAAGAAGGAGGAGGCUGAACGGCUGACGGAGGAAGCCUCGCAAGCACAACAGGAGGCGGAGAUGGAGCAGAGUAUGCAAGCGCCAGCAGAUCGUCUUGCAGAGGACAAGUCAAGCGCCCAAGAAAUUCUUCAGUCCGAUGAUGUGGAGGAAGCUUGGAAAGAGGUCCUUGCAGGUGUCGCUCCAGCACUUUGGGAGUAUGGCUAUCCCAAAGCCUUGACCUUCUCAUUUGAGGUGCCUCAACUUGGCCAAUGGCACGCGGUUGGGCUGGCUGAGGCACCCGAUGUGCCUUUCGAAGAGACCAGAUCCAAGGAAUUGAGCCAGUUCGAUCUCAACUUCUUCAGCGAGCUGCCGCUGCCGGUGCAACCAGUCUUGAGAGCCUCAGCAAUGGCCCUGGGCAUCUUUGAUGGCCAUGAAGCCAAGAUGCUGGCCGUUGAGGUUGCGGCAGGAGCCAUGGGAAGCUCCGGGAUGUCCUGGUCGCAGGUGGAGGCUGAUGGCACCUUCUGCAUCUACGUCACGGCCUUCCGCGCCUUUGAGUUGUGGCUCACGCUGUCGGAUACUUCCCGUCCUCCGCUUCGAUUUGGUCCUUUCAUGGCUCGAAGCUGCGAUGAGGUGACGCACCUCGGUACCUUGCGCCCCAGUUAUGCCACCAAGCCGGGUGAGUGGCGCAACCCUGUGUUGCCAGCGGGAGCCUCCAUUAUGCUUCCUCGUGUGGAAGUUGGGGGCACAGCCCAUGAACGCUGCAGCUGUGACGCACAAGCCUUUUUGGAGGGCACGGAGACAAGCACGGAGGAGCUGAGCAAGGAGUUGUCCAAGGAACUUUCACGACAAGAGGCGAGCAUCGAGACGUAGGCCUCGGGCCUCACUCAGUCGUAACUCGGGACUACGCACUCCAAUGUUUUGGGUGUUCCAGCUCUGCCUAAUAAGGGCAGAGCCUUUCCGUUGGGCUGAAGGCUCAGUCAGAAAAGUUCAAGCAGGCC